AUGACAAUCCUAAUCACAGGCGGAACAGGGAGGACGGGGCUCAAGCUCGCUCAUCUACUGAGUAAAGCUGGCCACACCAUUCUCCUUACUUCCCGCAAAGGCCAGGUACCCCAUCCAUUCAAAGGCGUCAAAUUUGACUGGCUCGACCCAUCAACCUUCACCAAUCCAUUCAACGCCGACCGAGCAAUCGAUCGCGUUUAUGUUGUGGGGCCAGUAGGGGUUUUCGACACGCUUCCACACGUGAAGCCUUUCAUUGAUCUCGCGGUCACCAAAGGUGUUAAGCGCUUCGUCGUCUUGAGUGCAAGCGUGAUCCCGAAAGGAGGCCCAGUUGCUGGAAAGGUCCACGAGUACCUAGAGAAAAUUGGUGUAGAUUACGCAGUUUUGCGUCCGACUUUGUUUAUGGAGAACUUUUCCACUGGCCCGGUGACGCCUAAUAGUAUUCGGCUACGUAACGAAAUUGGGUCAGUUGCAAAAGACGGACGCGUCGCGUUUGUUUCGGUCGACGACAUCGCGAAGGCUGCGUCGGACGCUUUACUCGUUAAGAAGAGCUGGAACACCGACCGAUAUAUUGUAGGGCCAGAGUUACUUUCGUACGAUGAGGUCGCGGCCUUGCUCAGCCAAGUUCUUGGUAGGAAGAUUACGCACAAGAGGCUGACCCCAGACGAAUCGUUAUCUAUCUGGACAACUGUUGGCGGCCUGACCGUCGGACUUGCCAAAGCCCUGAUAAAGACGCAGACGGAGAUUGCAAAUGGGGCAGAGGUGGCUGUAUUUGAGAAUGCCAACAAGAUCGUCGGCAAGACACACCUGAGGGAGUUUUUCGAAAGUAAUCCAAAGUUGUGGGUAAUUUGA